AUGUCUGAAGAAUUCGACGAAUCUGAGAUCAUUUUCUCUGACAGUUUCUUUCCAAUUCGCCGGCGGGAGGAAGUGAACGAGAAAGAGAAUCGUCCGGUCGAUUUCCGGGAAAACUCCGAAAGAGUGAGGAACAAAUCGAGGCGGAGCAAAACGACGACGCCGUUGCCUUCACCGGCGGCGGCUUUCUCGACUUCGCUUCCGGUGAAUAUACCGGGUAAUAUGAUGCGGAGGUAUUCGGAGGAGGAAUAUUCCGAUGAAGACGGAGGGAAGAAAAUGAUUCCGCCGCAUCUGAUCGUAGGACGGAGGAUUGAAGGAGGUAAAAUGGCGUUUUCCGUUUGUACAGGUAACGGAAGGACUCUCAAAGGACGGGAUCUGAGCCGGGUUCGUAAUUCGGUUCUCAUGUUAACCGGGUUUUUGGAGGCUUAA